AUGUACGGGUUUCAGCCGGAAAUGGAUGAGAUUAACUUCAAGUCGCCGAAGGCACCUCAAACGGCAGCUGAUCGCGUGGAGGAACUCAAGGCACUGCGUUUCUCGUUGAGAGCGAAUAUUCACCGAGCAAACAUGUCCGCAGCCAAGUUCUAUGAUCGACACCACAAGGCAGCACCUCCGAUCACGGUGGGCAGCCUAGUCACAGUUCUGCGUCGCAGUCAGACUGCCGAACAACCGUAUGCCAAGUUGGCGUACGUACGCGAUGGUCCCUUCAAGGUCGUGAAGCAGAUCAAUGAGCGUGCCUUUGAGCUGGAUCUAGGUGAAGCAUCCAGCAAGUCCCGCACCUUCCAUGUAUCUGUCUUGGAAUUGUUUGUCGCUGAUGACGUUGAAGGUCGGAUUCGGCGGGUCCUGCCUCCUGUCAAGGACUGGGACGGAACAGUUCGACAUCGAGUCGAGGCGGUGAUUGAUUCGACUCGUCACAGCGAGAUUAUGUACUAUCGCAUCCGAAGGGUAGGCACCACUGCUCGUGAAGACACCUGGGAGCCAGCCAAAGACGUGCGAAUCAUGUUCAACCCACGGCUAGUCGCACGCCCGCUGCUCCAGCUGGCCACGCUCCACCUCAAGCUAGUGCGUCACCCGUUGCUACGCGCUCAGUGGCAACCCCAUCUGCAGUUGCUGCACGUUCCGUAG